ACCGUGGUCAUAUCACUACUGCCGAUAGUAUCAAAAUAGUCAGAACAGCACGAUUGUAUAUUAUUCACACAAUGAAUUCAAAACCGUCAUUUUUAAUGUCAGGCGAAGCGUUUUGGCAAGAGGAUAAGACGGACAUAGAUACGCAUUGCUCCACGCAAUUUGUCUACAAUGCUCAUCACUCCUUGGCUCUUGACAUACAACGUGAAAGGUUGCCAAUAUUUAAGCUCAAGUAUCACAUAAUCUACCUAUUGGAUAAAUUUCAGACAUUGGUAUUAGUAGGAGAAACUGGGUGUGGAAAAAGUACUCAAAUACCACAGUAUCUGAUUGAAGCAGGAUGGGCCACAGAUGGGAAAAUGGUAGGAAUCACUGAACCUCGGCGGGUGGCUACCACUUCUUUAGCUAGUCGGGUUGCAGAUGAACGAAGCUGUGUUUUGGGAGCAGAAGUUGGAUAUUGUAUUCGCUUCGAUGACUGUACAGAUGAGACUACAAAAAUAAAGUUCAUGACUGAAGGAAUACUGCUUCGUGAAAUGAUGAGAGAUCCAUUACUCAGAAGUUAUUGUGUUAUCAUACUCGAUGAGGUACAUGAAAGAACAAUGUUGUCUGAUAUAUUAAUGGGAUUGUUAAAAAAAAUAUUAAGGAAAAGAAAAUGUAUGAAAGUCAUUGUCUCGUCUGCCACAGUUGAUGCCGAAGAACUUCAAAAUUUUUUAAAUUUAAAUACAAGCAGUGAUUCAACGAAGGAUACAUCCACGAUAUUAAGCGUGGAGGGACGCUUGUACCCAAUCGACAUUUUUUAUACCCACGAACCCGUUGCAGAUUACGUACGAGCUAUAGUUGAUACUGCAUUAAAUAUCCACAAAACGCAAGAACCUGGAGACAUUUUAGCAUUUCUUACUGGAUUGGAGGAAGUGGAUAGAGCUGUGUCUCUGUUAUGUGAGCACGCUAAAAUGAUAAAGGCUGGCAAUCAGAAGCUGAUACCACUAGCGAUGUAUGGUUCGCUUCCAAAUUCAGAGCAGCUGAAAGUAUUCUGGAAAGCUCCUAAAGAUACACGCAAGGUCAUUAUUGCAACAAACAUCGCUGAGACUUCCAUUACCAUACCAAACAUCAUUUAUGUAAUCGAUAGUGGUUUUGUAAAACUGCCGUGGUUUGAAGUGGAUACGCAAACCAAUAGUCUUAUAGUAGCUCCUAUUUCCAAAGCUUCAGCAGAUCAAAGAGCUGGCCGUGCUGGUCGCAUUAGAUCGGGAAAAGCAUAUAGACUAUAUACCGAAGAAGCUUAUAAUGAAUUACACUAUUCAACGUCGCCACAAAUGCAGCGUACUGACUUAUCACCUGUUAUUUUACAACUUAAGUCACUAGGAAUUGAAAACGUGUUACGUUUUAACUUUCCAUCUUCACCACCUAGUAAAAAUCUUGUCGCAGGCUUAGAACUGUUGUACGCAUUAGGUGCGAUCAACAAUGACGGAGAAUUGACCAAUCCUUUAGGAUUAGCAAUUGCUGAAAUUCCAUUGGAGCCUAUUUUUGCUAAAUGCGUGAUUGUAUCAGGAGAAAUGUUAUGUUCCGAUGAAAUAACAACGAUCCUAGCAAUGCUCCAAGUACAAAAUGUUUUGGUGCGUUCAACAUGUGGACAUGGAUCUUUAAAAGCUCGAGCUGCUCAUCGCUUGUUUGAAGUUGAAGAAGGUGACUUGAUAACUAGUUUAAAUGUUUAUUCUGCCUAUGAACAAAAUAAAACUUCAAGCUGGUGCCAGAAAAACUUUCUUAACCAUAAAGCACUACGUAGGGCAACGGAGAUCAGAUCAAAAAUGAGGCAGCUUUUAAAAAAAUUGGAAAUUCCUAUCGUAUCUUGCAAAGGAGAUACAAAUAUUAUUCUUAAAUGUAUAACUGCUGGUCUUUUUCCAAAUAUUGCAUACCUUCACUACACGGGAGUAUAUAAAACUGUACGUGGAGAUAAAGAACUGCAUAUUCAUCCAAAUAGUUGCUUGUACACGAUGCCUCAACCACAGUGGAUACUGUUUUGCGAAAUUUCACAAUCAAAUAAAACUUAUAUGAGAGAAUUAACAGUGAUUCAGCCUGAAUGGUUAACAGAAUUGGCUCCUCACUUUUAUGAGAAAAAACUAAUCGAAAACGUGUAAAAACUAUUACGCAAGCAUCGUUGUUUCCGCAAAUAAUAGAUUUAAGAUGUUCUGUACUUAAUAAAAUGCAGUUUUUACCUUAUGAAUAAAAGUUUCUUAUUUUCUA